AUGCCGCAUUGUACUGUGCCUUUGUGCACAAAUGGCAGUCGAAAGACCAAAGGAACAGAUAUAAGUUAUCACAGGUUGCCAAAUGGGCCGCUCAGAAGUGUUUGGUUGCAUAAUUUACGUCGAGAGAACCCUCGUGAGCGUGCGAAUACGUAUGUCUGCAGCGCACAUUUUGCACCCGAUUGUUUUGAACCGAAUGCUGAAGUAAUUCCUGGUUUCAAGAAACGUAAAACGCUGAAGCCAUCAGCAGUGCCAACUAU